UAAACAGCGCUCCAGAGAGCAGCAUGCCUUCAGCGGCACGGCUGCAGAGGCAGAGCCAGCGGCCAUGCGGCACGCUCCCUCCCGGCUCCCCGCUCUUCCUCAGCCUCCUCAUCCUCAUCCUCCUGCUGCCCCCAGGCAGGGCCUGGCCAUACGACUACAGACAUCUGUAUAACUACUGCCCCGGGCCGGAGUGGAAUGUGAUGUGUAGAGGAUGCUGCGAGUAUGAUGUGAUCCGGUGUAAAUGCCCACUUCAGGGCACACCAGUGGGCUAUGCUGUUCCCUGCUGCAGGAACGCUCGCAACGAAUGUGACCCCUGCAUCAUUCACCCAGGGUGCAGUAUAUUUGAAAACUGUAAGCGCUGCAACAACGGGACGUGGGGUCCUAGAGACAACUUCUUCAUUAAGGGCCAGUACUGUUCGGAGUGCCGUCCUGGGUGGUCCGGUGGAGACUGUAUGACAUGUGGUGGUGUGAUCAGGAAGAGGCAAGGUCAUCUGGUUUUGGAAAGCUACCCAACUAAUGCCCGCUGUGAGUGGACCCUGCAGGUGGACCGGCCUUUCACUAUAGAACUCAAGUUCAUGAUGCUAAGCCUGGAGUUUGACCACAGCUGUCGCUAUGACUUUGUGGAGGUUAGAGACGGAGACAGUAUAAACUCUCGGGUGAUUGGCCGCUUCUGUGGAAACGAACGCCCUCCUCCCAUCCAAAGCACUGGCAAUUCACUGCAUAUAUUGUUUGUCUCAGAUGGCUACAAGACCUUCGAUGGAUUGUUUGCCAUCUUUCAGGAGAACUCAGCAUGUACCUCCUCUCCCUGUCUGCAUGAUGGUACCUGUAUAUUGGACUCCUCUCACUCCUACCAUUGCGCAUGUUUAGCUGGAUACACUGGCAGGAGAUGUGAGCAUGUGCUGGAGUGCAAGAGGCCUCCAAUGCCAGAACACGGCUCGAUGGAGAGUCUGGAUGUCAGGGUUGGAGGUCAGGCUUUGUUCCGCUGUGAUGCAGGUUUCUCCCUCAAGGGCUUCCGCAUGUCCACAUGUCGGCUGGAUGGCUCGUGGACCACGCCGACUCCUCUGUGUGUGCCAGAAAAGAACUGUGGCAUACCUCCUAAGCCGGCAUAUGGAGACCAUUUCCUGGUCUAUGGUCCCAAUGAUGUGCUCAUUGCCCUGCAGUACUUGUGCUAUAGGCCAUAUGCACUGAUUGGAACUCCUCAAAGGACUUGUCUGGGCAACAACACGUGGAGUGGAACAGCGCCCAUCUGUGUCAAAGAAGAGGAGAUCAUUCCAUUUCCAGAUAAGGACAAAGACAAGAAAGUUGAAGAAAUCGGAAAAGACUUUAUUGAUAAGACUGGUCAAGAUAAAGAAAAAAUUCCGGAUAUAACUAAUAUUUAUAUAGAGACUCCAACAAGUGAAAAGGACAAGACUGGACAAGUUGAAAAACUUGGUGAAGACAAAGGACAAGAAAUUGGGAAAGAUGUUGGAAAGGACCCAGGCAAAGACAUUGGGAAGGACCCAGGCAAAGACAUUGACAAGGACCCAAGCAAAGACAUUGAUAAGGACCCAGGCAAAGACAUUGGGAAGGACCCGGGCAAAGACACUGAUAAGGACCCAGGCAAAGACAUUGAUAAGGACCCAGGCAAAGACAUUGGGAAGGACCCAGGGAAAGACAUUGGCAAGGACGCAGGGAAAGACAUUGGCAAGGACCCAGGGAAAGACAUUGGAAAAGACCCAGGGAAAGACAUUGGAAAGGACAUAUCCACUAUUGCUAGCAAAGAUAAAACUACCGGCAAAGAUCCUGAUGACAGCAUGAACACAGUCAGAAAGAAAGAUUCAGACAAUGGGAAACACGGUCAGAAAUACCUAGGCAAAGACAAUGAUCUAGAAGGCGAAGACAAUGCCGUAAAAGACCCAACAAAGGAUCUGGACAUAAACACUGUGGAUAUUGUACUAAUUGAUGACACAAAGAAUCUUUUCAUUGAUGGGGACAUUAAGGAAACUAUACCAAUCAUACCCAAAGCUCCCGAAAAGGACAAAAAAGAAACCGCAACCGAUGUACCACAGUUCACGAUAGUCAGUCUAAAACAAGAUGAGAAAGACAAUGUGCUUUAUACAAUAAACACCUCCGGCCCUGGCAAUAACACAGAGCCUGUAGAUAGUAAUGACAUAGAGGGAGACCUGGAGACGCUGCUGCCAAAAGAAACCGUAAAGAUCCAACCCAAAGCCACUGAAGAUAACAGCACAGUCAAAGCCAUUGUGCCAACUAUGAGUCCAGUGACUAAGAAACAUUCAGUCACUGAAGUGACACAGCAAGGUGGGGCCAAAGAGGAGACCACAGAGUCUGUCUCAGAAACCCAGUCUAGAGAGGAGCCCCCUGUUAAUUCAGGAGCUGAAGAUGAGAGACGACACACAGAGAAGGAGAGAGGAGCAGAGAACCUCAGCAUCGUUGAAGCUGAAGGGAGAAAGUGUCCUCCACCCCCACGGCUGUUCCAAGGCUUCUAUGAGUAUGUGCCUGGUCUAAAUCCAGAGACUGUGGAGUUCUCCUGCAACCACUCAUACGCUCUGAGUGGCAACGCCCGCAGAACAUGUCAGCCUAAUGGCACCUGGAGUGGCACACAGCCUUUCUGUGUGAGGGCUUGUCGAGAGCCCAAGGUCUCAGUGCUUGUAAAGCAGAAGGCUCUGCCGCCACAAGUCCCAUUCAGAAAAACUCCAGUGCACAAAUUCUAUUCCUCCUCUGGCUUUACAAAGUUCUUCAGUCCAGUGAGCCCCACAAAAGGCCCCCCAACUCUAGCUCCUCUCCCCCAGGGCUUCCACCAUCUCUAUACACACAUCGAAUACGAGUGCACAUCACCCUACUAUCACCACACUGGAAGCGCCCGCAGAACAUGCCUCAAAACGGGCAAGUGGAGCGGCCGUCAUGUCUCCUGCUCACCAGUGUGUGGCAAGCUGCCAAACUUUGACCCACAGCAUCCGGUGGACUCUCAUUGGCCGUGGCUCGCCGCCAUCUACCGCCUGUCUGGGCAGAACGGCGGGGGAAAGCUGGGGAAGGCUGCUACCUUGGCUGAAGGGAAAGGCAAAGGUUCGGCACUGCUGGAGGAUGAUGGGAGCAUGGCUGCAGACACCUGGCAGCUGGUGUGUAGCGGAGCUCUGGUCAACCAACGCAGCGUGGUGGUCGCUGCCCACUGUGUGACCGAGUUGGGGAAACUCUACCCGCUAGACACUGCCAAAGUCCGAGUGGUGCUGGGAAAGCAGUACCGCAGUGACUCGCGAGAGACCAAGGGCCUUCAGCGACUCAGGAUAUCUUCCAUCACAGUGCACCCUAACUACGACCCACUGGUUCUGGACUCUGACCUGGCGAUACUAAAGCUGCUGGACAAAGCUCGUAUCGGUGAACAUGUGCUGCCCAUUUGCCUCCCAGAUGCACAGGAUGCUGGAGAGAACUCUCUUUCUAUUCGGGGCAUGGUGACAGGCUGGUCCCUGAUCCCAGACCCCAGGGCUAGGGACAGUGAGCGGGCCCGCGUGGGCACAGUGAUGCUGGGUGAUGUAGUUCACUGUGAGCAGCAGUACGCCCAAUAUGGCGUUCCCAUCAGCGUGACGGAGAACAUGCUCUGCGGGCGCCAGGGUGCCGGCGCCAGUUCUUCCAACAUUUGCCCAGCUGAGACAGGAGGGGUCCUUAUCCUUCCACCCUCUACAAUUCCUGACCCCACCUCCUCACUCAAACCAAACCCCACACAAGAGUGGAAGCUUCUGGGACUGGUCAGUUUUGGGUACGACUCACUGGACUGCAACCCAGAACUCUAUACCGUCUACACGCACAUCGCCAACUUCAUCGACUUUUUAGACGGGAAUAUGAAAUAAAGAGAGGUCUGUGCGGUUUACUUCCUCCUCCACUCCCAUACCUCACGUAUGCUCCUCCUUUCUGCCUUCAUAAUACUUAGAAGCUAAGUAUGUUGCUUACGUUAAGGCUAAACUAACACUGGACUGUGCAGUGCCCUGCUACGAGAAGACGGCAGUAGUUAGAAAGGGCAUGAACCCUAAUCCAGGUAGAACUUACUCUGUGCUGAGCUAGGACCAGCUUCUCCCAGCUAUAUCUUUGGCUUAAAUAUGUAAUACAGAGACCACAAAACUGACCCUAGAAUAGCAUGAAAGGGAAACUUCUACCAACACUGACCCCUCCUUUAACGACGUGCGGGUCCUCAGGUAAUCGGUGCUGUAGAAUUGACCAGAAAACCAAACAUUCUGUGAUAUUUGAUAUCAGCGACGUUUGGUCUUCUGAAUGUUUUUAAUGUACAUAUAUUGUAAUGUAUUAUUCUACAAUUGUAAACAUGACUGAAUGGAUGUAUAUAUUGUGUAAAUUACUGUGAGCUUAUGAUCUUUUAAAUAAAAUGACGUGGUGGUUGUGUUCUA